CAGUCCCGCCGCCGCCAUGGUUCGCUUCAAGAACAGGUACGUGCUGUGCGAGGUCGUCUCGGAGGACCCGCGGUGCCGGCAGUGCAUCGAGGACCGCGCGCUGGGCCUCGCCGUCAGGGACGCCAUCGCGCGCGUGCACGGAGACUACGGCCUGGCCUGCUGCUCCAUCUCCUUCACAGUGAAGUACCUGAACGCCUACACCGGGACUGUGCUGCUGCGGUGCCGCAAGGACUCCUACAGACUGCUCUGCUCCGCGCUUCCUUUCGUCCGGCAGCUGGAGAGCCGGAACCAGCGCUACCCCUGCGCCCUCAACACUCUGCACGUCGGAGGUACCAUAAGAACAUGUCAGAAAUUUCUAAUUCAGUACAACAGAAGACAGCUGCUGCUGCUGUUGCAGAAGUGUACAAAUGAAGGGGAAAGACAGUGCAUACAGAAGUCAUUGUUGAGCUGUUCUCUUACAGAAGAGCAGUCUCAAAGUGGAGAUGAGGAAGAUGAUGAUGGCACAGAGACAGACUGAACAUUACUGUUCAUCUCCCCUUUUGUAACGAAGUUACCAGUUACCUUCAGUGUUACACAAACCACGGAACAGAAAAAGUGUAUGUUGAUAUUUAGACUUCAUUCCCCCAUUCCAAGUGUUCUUAAAUGAAUAAAUAUUUUUUAAA